AUGGCAAUAGUUGGAAACAGAAGAGGCUGGAUUGCUGUGGCUUGUUUGAAUGUAACUUGGAUGUUAUGGACGGGAACUAUUAAAGGUCUUGGAUUGAUGAUACCGAGUCUUAUGGAGCAAUUUACAGCUCAGACUUGGCUGAUAGGGUGGAUGAUAGAUAUUGUUAUUGCAGUUAUUAAUAUUUCAGGACCGGUAGCUGCACCGUUGGGGGCGACAUUUGGUGUUAGAGCUGUUGUCAUGGUGAGCGGUAUGAUGGUUGGAGGUUCUUUGAUUGUGGCUUCAUUUGGUUCAAUCGUUGCUCAACUCAUAAUGAUACUGGCGAUUGGAUAUGGGCCAGGAAUGAGCUUCGCAAAUAUUCUGACAAAAGUUGAAAUAGCACGUCGUUUCGAGCAUAACUACGCAACAGCUAAUGGAAUCGCACAAACAGGAAACCCACUUGGACUGAUCUUAGUCGUUCCUUUAAUCAAACUAUGUCUUGAUACAUACGGAUGGAGGGGUGCAUUUCUUGUGUUAGGAGGACUGAACCUGAAUCUUGUCGUAUGUGGCGCCCUUCUAGGUAAACCAUCAAUUGAGACGAAUCGAGAAUCUUUCAAGUCUGUUCCUUCUUGCGAGGAGGGAACCACCACAAAGAGUAGUACUUUAAGAAACGCUUUGGUGAUUCUAAAAAGUCGAUUCGGCAUCUCUGUUUGUCUGCGUCUUACCUUCUGGAUCCCAGCUAUUAUGUUUAUUUGUAACACUGUAGUGGACGCUUUCUGGAGUAUUUACUACGUCAACCACGUGGAAGUUAAAGGUUUCACCUCAGAUAACGCAGUGGUCUUCAUCACAGCGGCUGGUGUGGCCAAACUAUUCUCAAAAAUUGGUUUUGGAAUUCUGGUCGAUAGAGGGAUUUUGAAGCUGAGACCAGCACUCGCUAUUGUUAUAAUAGUACCUAUGAUUUGUUUAAUCAUUGAUCCAUGGAUGGACUCCUAUUGGCUGUUGCUAAUUAAUGUCGUCAUCUUUGCAGCCUUCUCUAGUGCCCUGGCGUCUUUGAAUGAUGUUUACACGAGGGAGUUAAUUGGAAGGGACCUGAUUGCUUGUGCAUUUAGUUGGAUGGGUUUGGCAAUCGGUAUCAUAACCUUCUGCAGCGGAUUUUUACCAGGUUGGAUACUCGAGCAGACUGGAAGCUAUGACGUAGCAUUCGUCGUCACAGGAUGUCUUUAUAUUCCACCGUUGGUGGCACUCUUUAUAGAAAGUGUUCUUCUACAAAGAAACACUUGA